GUACCCUCAUUCACACGACGAAACACAACGCAAGCGUUGCUACACGUCGGUUUUCUUUAAGGCCGUGGUAUCACUCCUUAUUCUUCCAAAUGGAAGAUAUAACCGAUGCUGUUGUUCUGAGUGGUCAGAACGUUAUUCACUGUAAUUUCAUCAGUGAAACUGCAAAUUGAGUUAGCAGACAAUUACAAAUAUCUUCCAAAUAAUUUACAACUACCUGUAACCUUAAAUAUAGAUACAUAGUAUCUAUAUAUAAAUAUAAUUGAAAAAAUGUCAAACGUAUUAUGUAAAAACAAAAUUGUGUUCAUAUUGCAAAUUCCGUUGGUAAAUAACGAAGAAUAUAAACUGUUUCAAGCAUCAGCUUUACCUGUACUCCAUAAAGUUAAGGAUCUUAAUAGUUUUAGUCUUAUUAUCCCUAAUUCUAAGUAUAUAAUUUUAAGUAAAAAUAACACUAAAUAUAUGAACUUACAGAAUUUGAACCUAUGUAACAAACUGUAUUUCAGUCAUUUUAUUUGCCAAAUUUUAAAUACAUAUGUAUCCGAUGUAAAACCUUGUUGUGAAAGCAAUCUUUUAACAAAACUAGUUAACAAAAUCCCUUCAAAAUGUAAAACUAAAUUUAUCAUUAGAAAAUUAGAUGCGUGGCAAGCAAUAUUUAUCCAAUCAGGCUCGGUUAAACUCAUCUUAGAUUGACUUGAUAGAAAAUUAUUUGGAAUCAAUAUCCAAGGAGCUGGAAUCUUUUCAUUGCCGAAAAAUUGUAUUGGUUAUAAAGAAAAGUCCAAACCUGAGCCUAAUAUAGAUUUCGAUAUAGAACUCCGCGAAUUACCUUCUCAACCCUCAAUCAGAUUAAUUACAUAAAAUAAAAAAAAUAUAAUAAUAAUAAACUUUGAAAACAACCUCGAAGUUUGUUCUCGAUAGGGAAGGUGUUAUAUCUAAAAUAUGUACCUGCAUCUGAGGUGCCAAAGAUUUCCAGCAGAUACAGCAUUUUCAGGGCUUCGUGCAUCGAUGAUUGCCUUUCGCGUG